AUGCCGACAAGAUUUUUAUUGCUGGUAAUAUUUUCUAUCUAUCUAUCUAUCUAUCUAUCUAUCUAUCUAUCUAUCUAUCUAUCUAUCUCAGUAUAUAUUGCAACGCCUCCUACUGCGCUUUCUCGAGACCACGACGAUGACAAGAGACGGCAUAACAGGUACACAUUUGACGCGGAUAAUUUUUUUUUCUUUCUUUUUUUUUUUUUUCAUUUACUACCUCCUUUUACUUGGCUAUUUCAUUUACUACCUCCUUUUACUUGGCUAUUUGCUUCGUAUUUCCCUUCCCUUUUUUUUGCAUUUAUCAUUUUUUUUUUAUUUUCUUUUUCUCAUGACUGCGUUCUUUCCUUUUUCCUUUCUCUUUUAAUUUUUCUUUCAUUAUCUUUUCUAUUUUCUGGUCAUUAUUUUCUUAUCUUUACUCCUGUUUGUCUUUCUUUCUUUCUUUCUUUCUUUCUUUCUUUCUUUCUUUCUUUCUUUCUUUCUUUGGACAUUUUACAUCUAUGGGAUUUACUCUUUCUUUCUCUGAUACUUUCUUUCUAUAAUCUAUCCUUUCCUUCUUUCUUUCUCUAUUUCUGUAUGCUUUUCUUUCUUUCAUUUUUUCUUUUGUUCUUUCUUUCAUUUUCCUUUCUCUGA